UAGUUUUUUUCUAGCCGAGAAAUUUGUUGACGAGACAGUCUGUAAAACAUGGCUGCAAGAAUUAUACUAUUAUUAUUAACAACUGUAGCUAUUUUCGCAGAGGUGAAGAGCCUUCUAUCGGAAACACUGGCUACCCAGGGGGAAUUUCCUUCGAUUGCAAUUAUUCACGUCUCUGAAGACGAGGUCACCAUUGGGGUCCUGGUCACUCCACACAGAAUUUUAACGGCUUGGACAGUUAUACAGUUCCAUGACUACCGACGUAUGAGAGUCCAAUUGGGAUGCUUAACAGUAGAGAAUUGCGAGACUCCACUACUGCGACCUACUCACUGUAUUCCUAACCCGGCAUAUUCGACUCUGAUGAUUGUCCUUCGGUCCUCAGUCGUGAGUAGCCCCACGGUUAAACCAGCGCCAAUAGGCUCUUCAAUAGGUUAUAGUGGCCGAAAUUGUACGUUCGUGGCAUUUCAUUCUGAAGAUGAUCAGGCGUUAGCUUCGAUAGACGUGCAAAUUUUGGAGCGAAACUUGUGUCGAUCAGUGCUUGGAGUGAAUAUACCUGAGAAGCAAGCGUGCUUUGAUGAUUCAUCCGUGCCUUCAAGCAUCACCGAGGACGACUAUGGCGGUCCAAUCCUUUGCGAUGGAACUGUGAUUGGAAUUAUGAUCGACUAUCAUAUGACUGGUAGAACACCACGUGUGCCACAACGCAUGAGCAAUUUCACUAUGUUUGACCAAUUACCUGAUCCGGGCUCAUUACUCUAUCAAGCAGCAGUCAGGAGAUAAAAUCUUAUUAUAUAUUCUUAUGAUUACACCGAAUUCAAUCCCGUGAAAUUUUUGGCGAAUGCUAUUUUAACUAUCAUAAAAUGAUCGAUCUAUCGCUGAGCUCUUCGCCAUAUUGUCGAUAUCGAUUUUUGCGUUUGCUCAUGUUUAGGUUACGCUAAUAUGACGAAGAGCUAGGGAUGGAUCGGCCAUCUUAUAGUAUCUCGAACAACGUUUUGCCAAAGUUCCAUGGUGUGCGAUCAAGAAAAAAUUUAUUAUUCUUAAAACACUACCGUGAUAAGCACCCGAACUAUUUUCCACCUCACGUUUGAAGUAUUCAAUGAAAUCUCGGCACCAACAUAUGAUAUGUCUUUGUAACAGAAAAAAUAUAACCUAUUAUAACUUGAUGGAAAUUCAACUGAAUCAUAAUAAUCUUAAAAUAUUAACUUCAUUUAUUGAGAUUAAAGUUCAUGUCUACAAUAA